AUGACUGUUCCAUGGAAAGCUCUUGUCUUGCUAAUCUCUUUUUGCCACUUUGUCUUUGAAUCAUGGCUUACCUUGCGCCAGAUGCGCGCCCUUCGAGAGACUAAGGUGCCUCCCCUACUCGCCGACAAGCUUGAUCAGGAUACCGUUACCAAGUCCCAUUCAUACAAGCAAGCCAAGGCUAGAUUGAGUCUUGCUCGCGGUUUAUGGGGGCAAUUUAUCAAUGCGAUGAUCAUAUACUUUGAUGCGCUGCCAUGGUUGUGGAAUACUACCGGCAGCCUACUCGACGGAUCAACUCUGGCUGUCGCCACCAACACCAACCGCUCCAUCCUUUUCGCUCUUUGUUACAUGUGGUUUUCUGAUUGUGUAUAUCUUCCUUUCCGGAUAUACGACACUUUUGUUGUGGAAGAUGUGUUUGGCUUCAAUAGGCAAACACCAGGUCUAUUCUUUUGUGAUUUCAUCAAGAUUCAGGCCUUGAAUUCCGCUAUACUCGCCCCAUCCUUGGCCCUCUUCCUCGAAAUCACCGCCAGGACAGGAAAGCACUUUGCCUUGUAUGUCUGGCUCGGAGCGGCGGCCGUCCAGGCACUCGUCAUCACGUUGGACCCCAUCUUGUUCACGCCGCUGUUCAUCUCGUUGCGGCCACUGUCAGAGGAAAGCCGCCUUGUUCAUCAAGUCCAAGCUCUGGCCGCCAAGGUGGGAUUCCCAUUGCACCGCAUGUAUGUUUCCGACGACAGCAAGCGAAGCGCACACUCCAAUGCAUACUUCUACGGUUUUCCUUGGCAGAUGCAGAUUGUGGUGCAGGACACGCUCUUUCAAAAAGCAAGCACCAAUGAGAUUCUAGCAAUUAUAACCCAUGAGCUCGGUCAUUGGAAGUAUCAACACAGUAGCAAACUCUUCCUCAUCCAACAGGUGAAUCUCUUUGUAAUAUUCCUCUCUUUUGCAGCCUUUGCUGGCCGUUCCGAUCUCUACCACUCUUUCGGCUUUCAUUCGGAUACGCCUCUCAUUGCGGGAUUCGUUCUGUUCUACAAGGUGCUUCUGCCAGUCAACUCACUUUUGCAGCUGCUCCACAAUGCUGUCUGCCGUGGAUUUGAAUUUACUGCCGACCGGUUUGCAAAAGACUCAGGACAGGGUCAUGAACUUGCGCGUGCCUUGAUAUCGCUCCAGGCUCAGAAUCUUGGGGGAGUCCAUAAUGAUUACCUAUACGCCUGCUACCACCACAGCCACCCUGGCCUGGUUGAGCGUCUCUCGCACCUCGGUAUUAAACAGAAGCUCAAAUGA